AUGGAAUUUGAUUCCCACAGUCAAUGCUCAGAUGAAGGAGUUGAAUUUUCAAUAUCAGAAUCUGAAAAUGGGGAAAUAUAUUUGUCAGACUAUCCCUUUUUGGAAGACACGCAACCAUCAUUUUUGGAAGCAAAAACAGUUUAUUUAUUAAUGCAAAAAGAUAUACCAGUCUCCAGAAGUUGUCGUUUACAAUGGCUAUUGGAUCAUCUGAAUACUAUAAUCACUCCUAGUCAAAAAUUAAAUGAAGCAUUUAAUAACUUAGAUGUAAUAUCAGCUGUACCUAGAGAAAAAGAUCAAGCAGUAAAAUGCAAUAAAUAUUUAGUAACUCACAGGACUGAAGUUAAAUUCCUAGCUCAAAAUUAUAGAUUUGUUUAUUGUUUAGAUAUGAGCCCUUCUCAUGCCAAUGUUAGUGUACACAAAGAUGAGAUUUUAUUCGACGAAAUUCUGAAUUGUUUUAAAUACAGCAUCUUCGAGCUCUGUAAAAAGUUUACUAUACCUGGAAAUUCCACCAUGUUUCAACCAAAUAUAUUUUUAACCGUUAUCGUUAACACUCCGUUUUUUCUAAGUCCUGCACAGCAAGUUUUAGUGAAAGGUGUACAAAUUAUGCAGAAUAAUUUACAAGAGAUAUUGAAAUCUGUGGAAAAACAGUUCCACAUUUUGCAAGAAAAAAUCGUCGAUGCGUGUUCGGCUGCUCUAGAUCAGUUGGAUUAUCAAAGAAACAAUUACGAUAUGCCACUCGAAGCAGAAAAAAUGUAUUCCAGAAUUCCUAUGGUCACGCCCGAUGUCAAUUUUGUAAAUAUGUUACGAUAUUCAAUGUUAGCUGUUUCCCUCCUUCCAGAAAAUAGCAUUAGUCAUAUUCUAGUCAUAACAGAUGGGGUAGUUGCAAUGCCUGAUUCCAAUAUAAUGGAAUCGUUGUUAUUUCAGUUACAUUACGAUAGCAUAGCGAUAUCAUUUUUAAAAGUCGGUUCGGGUUUCCAUCCGAAUUCGGGUUCGGGAUUUGUAUCUUACACCGACUUACUGCAGUUCUUUGCAUAUUCUACUUUAGGUACAUGUAUAGAAAAUUACAUACAACCUACGAAUGACCUCUCUAACGAAAUGAAUGUAUAUCACAAAUUGUUUUUAUUGUGGUCCUUCCACAGUCCGAAUUUAACGACUUCCUCGAGAGUUUGCGAUACUAAUAAAUGGACAUUAACAAACGAAACAUUUUGCAACCAUAAACUGCCAUCUUUACUUUCGAAGAAACAGAUCGAUGACAAUACAAGUGCUUCCAUUUUACUUCUACUGUCCCGUCGAAUUAGAGAAGGUUUCACGAUAGAUAGUAUAUUUUUUUUAAAUGGUAAUUUGGAAAUUAAAUUACUUCUCCAAUGGAAAAGCUGUAUUUAUAUCCACUAUAAAGUUAGAGCACAGUGGCCUAUUUUGAAAAAUAUUACUCAUUUUGAAGUAAACAUAUCAGCUCCUUACGAAUUCCUUCAUGAUAUUACUUGUUCAAUGAAGAAGGAAUCGAAGUCAAUGUACAGACAAGCAAUUAUACAGAGAUUUUGGAUAAGAUUGUCGCAAUUAUCUUCUGGAGAUCUGGGAAUAGUGGCCCAACAACUGAGCUCUUUCCAGAACAGUAAAGAUUGGUAUACAUUGCCAGAAAGCGUUCGAAAUGGAAUACCUGUUUUCGUUUUAAAUAAUUCAAAUUGCUCAGACGCUACGAAAUUAACCCUGUUGCCGAGCGACGUUCCUAGUUUAAAGUUCAAUAACAUGUGGCAGCCGAUUUGUCAAAUGGAAACAAACAAUUGGAGAAAAUGGUUCCACGUGCAUAAAAUCUCGCUUAUAUUGCAGCACGACAAUCCUCUGCCAAAAUAUCUGCAUUUAUCCAAUUCGUCGCAGCGAUAUCAAGUCAUUCAAUGCAGGCAAGCCGCUGCCUCUUUGAAUAGUUUAUUAAGCGAAUGGGCUUCGUUUGUAUUGAUCGAUAAUCAUACCUAUUUAAAAUUGCUCUGCAAAGAAACUGAUAAUACUCCGAUGUGGUUUUGCAUGCUUAGAAUUUCAUCGAAGUUUCCUUGUGCUGUUCUCAACGUUGGAUUUACGACUGGAACACCUGGACUCCUUCGAUAUGAGGUUUGUGAACAACUGAAGCAAGGUGUGGCGUCUUUGUGCUAUUUCAGUCCCCAAAAAGCUAAAGAAAACUAUUGUUGCUUGUUACUGAAAAAACCUCUAGAAAAAAUUCUAAUUAGAUACGAAAGGAUACCAAGUAACUACUCAACAGUGAUAUUUCCAGACGGUACUCAACCUCCCGAUUCGUUUUUGCACUACCCGCCUGUAUCUGGAACGCUUUUUACCACUCUUUCCAGAUACCUCUUUCACAAGCGUUGGAUUUGGAGCGCUAAUUUGUCUACCAAUCCCAAACUGCACGAUCAAUCAAUCUCAAGGAUUUUGAACACUCUUACCAGGAUAAGAAUCAAAGAAGGCUUCAGUUUCGCGCAUUCAGCGUCCGGUAUCAUAACUAUGGUAUUGGAAGUGUCACUAGAUCCAACAUCGACCUGCCUAGUGCAGUACGUUCUCUUCCCUCCUCACUGUGCAAGCGUCUGCGAAGAAAUUUACAGUGGUUCGGAAGGCGACAACGAACUGUCCUUCGACGUUGAAGGUACUCAGCAAAUAAUCACCGAAGUUUGGAUCGAGCCUCAGCAUGGCACUAUCGUUCCUGGUAGUUUGAAAAUGGCUUACGCCGAUAACAAACAUUAUUACGAGCUGGCUGACGUGAUUUACGAUGUUGAUUGUAAGUGUAUAAACGCUCUGUUGACCGAGGAACACCUAAAUCUGAUGUGCCAGGACAGAGAUCAGUUGGAAGACAGCAACCAUUUUAAUAUAUUGUUCCAUCAAAACAGCAUUUUGAGCUCUACUACGAGUCGAAAAAGUUUUUCUCGCAGAAGCAGCAGGAACAGCUAUGUGGAUUAUCCGAUGAACGCUAAAGGGACACAUUGGUAUCCCAUAAUUUCACCAAGAAUAGAACACAUUCCAUUUGUUUUCAACCCUAUUAGCAUUUUGCACUUGUGCCAACAAAUGGAAUUGUUGUUUUCCAUGUUUACAGAUACGAAUGAAAACACAUUAAACGAUAAUAACGUAGAUAAGGCGAACAAAUUAUUACUAGAGAAUAUUUUAGAUCAUUUAGCAACGUUACACGAUCAUGAAUUGGAACUGACCAAAGAUGAUUCGGAUAGAUUUACUAAAGAAAUUAUACAGAGGCACAGAAAUAAACCGCCGAAUCUUUGUCCUUUGUCAGAUACUAUUACUAACGAAGGUGAUUCCCAAACGAACGAAGUAACUUGUUCGAAAUGGCGAUGCUUUAUUAAAGGCAUAUCCAAAACGCAUGUAAUCCUCACUUUCAUUCCUUCCACUCUGGACGAUCUCAAAAGCCUGCUACCUUCAGACGGCACGAACAUUCCGAGUUUGAACCAGAGCCUCGAUAGUGCCGAUGUAGACGGGUUAUCAAGCAGAGAAAGCAACUACAGCGACGCUCCUGCUUCAAACAACCUGAACGAAUUAUCCCUGCCGAUUUACGUGUUCGAUAGUCCUUUAGGUAGAAUAGUCAACGCAUUCGUCGACGACUGCGAAGAAGCCCCGCCUAACGAGGACAUAUACGAAGACCACCGCUUCAAAAUCCACAGUUUCAUCCACGAGGAAUACAUAAAGCUGAAGUCCGAAGAGCCCUGCGAUUUAUCGAAAUCGCUAAAAGACGAAUACGAAUGCGACCACCACAGCCUGACGCACCAUUCGAAAAUCCUGACCGUGACGCACUCGAAAUGCUUCACGUCGUCGCUGUUCUGCGCCCUGCACAUGGGCGUCGAGAUACACAGCUUCGACGUGCAGUCCGCCAUGGACCAGUGCGAGGAGUCCAUCACGGAAAUCGACAUCACGGAGUACAUCCUGACGAUCUGCGCGCACGUCAAGCAAGCGGACGCCGACCGGAUACCCAUCGAGCGGCUGAACUCGCCGAUGCCGUGCUCGGACUUGAAGUCGCUGCACACGCUGAUCAAGGAGAAGUUCUACAAGCUGCUCAGCGGGGUGUUCUACCGCAUACCCACCAACCACGAGUUCUACUUCUACAAGAACUUGAAGAAUUACAUCAACGAGGACGUCCACGUGGCCGAUAGCGAUGACGAUGUCGUUGGUGAUGUGGACGACGACGCUUCUGAUAAUCAUUCUCAGCUCGUCGAGUUCAAGUCGGAAGAUAUGAGCAUUUUUUCGUUGGAUAACGAAUUGGAGAACGAGCUGAACGUUUUGUAUAAUUUCGAAAUGGAAAGCAACAAUGAAGUAGCGCCUUUGUUUCUCCAUUUGAUUUGUACUUUGAGGUAUGAUGGAGGGAAAUGUUGCAAUACUUCUUUGAGAGAGUUACCCACUUGUUUAGGUGAAUUAAUCGAAAAUUUAGAAAAUCCAACAGAAUUUAUCGACAAAUCGAAUUUACAAGUAACAUUAGACAUGUUGUGUCUUACAUUGCCAUCGGAUCUUUCUAAUAUGAUCGACGUUUACUCUACUCAGGGAUUCAGAACGGAAUCGUUUUCAUCCGAUUUUCAAGCUAGCACUGGAAGUGCCACCACCGACGCCACUUACAACUCCCAGAUAUCCGAACCGUUGAACAACCUUUCCGAAGUCCAAAAAAAAUCCGUGUUGAUGUUAAGCGACGAAAUAAAAUGGCUGCUGCAAGACGAAAUGUGCACCGCUUUACUAGAUAAAGAUCCUGUAACCACCGAUACUCUGGAUUACGUGAUGACGCACGUCGAUCAAGGAACGAUGAGAUUAACCAAAUCGUGCGUUCAAGACGUCAUUAAAUUGAACUUCGUUUACUCCACUCCUAACAGCUACGAGAAAUUCGUCGAAGAAUUCGCCAAUUUGAAAUUGCCGUAUAGCGGCUACAAGCUGUGCAAACAGGACGAUUUGUAUUACUUAGCCAAAGACCCGGCGGGUAUUGAGAACAGUUCUUGCAGCAGCCGAACCACCGAUGGAGGAUUUGCGAAUUCCAGUACGAGGCAGAGCCCUUUCAACAUGUCCAACGUGAAUGGGUUUCUUAACUCGACCGCCCAGUCGAAUAAUAGGCAUAUGAUUUAUCUCAACUCCGAUGAAAUUGCUCAUAUGAAAGAACAAGGCCAGCAGAGCGAUAUUUCGAGCACCAACGAGAGCGUUCCGGGCACUGAUGGAGAUUAUGACGAAGAAGUCGGAGAUAACUACGACUACGAUUGGCUGAUUUCUUUAAAUAACAGACGAGCGCAUCUUCCUAAUUUUUGGUUGAUAAUGAAAGUGGCUCAGGACGAAGUCAUCGUUUAUUUUCAUUGCCGAUUUUUGGAACUCAAAACAAUUCAAGUCGAAGUAUACUUAGAAGUCCAAAGGGCGGUUUGCGAAGCCGUUCGAGAUCUGUGCAAAAAAAUUAACCAACUCCUCCUGCUGCAGACCCUCUACGAUUCAAAGUCCUGCGAUCCGCUGCUCGAACCAGACGAUAAAGACAUCUGCAAUUCGCCUAUAUCGAGGAAUCCCUCUUACAGAAGGAUGAAAAGCAUCGAUUUUUUAGUUGCCGAGAACAACGAGGAUAACGACAUGGCGUAUUCGACGAUGAACCUAUCCGAAGCCUCGAUGAACUUCAAAACCGGCGAAUUCAGCUGCCCCGUCGUGUGGGAGACCCCGUUCAUUUUGCACCCCAGAUUGAAAACCUACCCCGGCAAGUCCGGCAUAUCGCGGGGCGUUUCGGCACUGAAGACCAUCCUCGAUAAAUUUUCCGUCUCGGAUAGAACUAACAUGUUCGUUUAUAGGGACAACAAACAGAACGUGUUUUAUCUGAGACUCCAAGAAAACGUGCACGGCAGCUCCUGCGUGAAGUCUUCGUUGCUGAAAACCAGCGAGUUCGAGAGCAGUACCGUUUCGAGGAGUCCUUCCAUUGCUUCUUUACCCCACAAAUCUACCUUAACUCAAUCGCAGCAAAGCAUUACAUCCGCAACAUCGAUUGAUAUACGGCCGAGGGUGCGUUCGUUCGGCGAGAAGGAAUGCAAAGACACCCCUGUAGAAGAUACGCUCAUUUUGAAAGUCCACGGCAUCAACGAGGCGGGCUCGGACGUGCAGCAGGAACUGGUGCAAGUCCUGCAGAACAGGCUGGACGACGCGGUGCUUGAGUGUUUGUCCGUCAUGCUGGCCAGGAACGCCAUGUGCCCGUUGACUCCGGAAGAUGUGCAUUUCAUCCAGAAACCCUUCAGACCGCCCGAGGUUAUUAUUAGGUUGACUAUCCAAGAUUUCGCGUUCCAAUGGUUGCAAUCGUUCGUCUACUAUCUGAAGCAGAAUCUCCUGCAAUUCCUCAACGUGCCGAAAUACACGGACAACCGGCCUCAUUGCCAUUUCAAAGAUUACUCGAAAAGCGAUGAAAAUAGUGAUAAUAUUUUCAUUUACAAUCAAAGCCAACACCCUUCGAGCGGCAGUCGAGGAAUCGCCUGCAUUGCAUUAGAUCUGAUCGAUGGCAGCGACCGAGACGGGAAAGAAUCCAUCGAGUUUUCGACUAUAUUUAAAAAAGAAUUGUUCGACAAUAUCGUCACGUCGGAAAUCAUCGAUAAUGAAGGUGCUUUGCCUCACUCAUACGUGGAAUUCCGUUUGUGGAAACAAGGCCGGGUAAACAUUGAAAAUUUAUCGGAAAAACUAAAAUCCGCCGUUUCGCAAGCCACUUGGGACAUCAUCACCGAGUAUUACCUCCUGCAGGAGCCGUUUUGCGUGGAAAACCCGGAAAAUUCCGAGGCGAUUUCGCCUAUAGAAUUGGAAUCCACCGAUAUCAAUCUAAACGAUGAAGUGCAUUUCAAUUGCAUACUGAACAUCAAAUACGACGAUAACGUUAGAGAGAGCGUUAUCAACAUGGAGAAAACCAAAAUCGAGCAUCUGUUACCCAAGAGAGCGAAGAACCAGUUGAAGUACUCUCACAAGGCGGCUCCUCCCAACGAAAACAGACCGAAAGAAAACGCUAAAGAUAAGCCACAUUCGAAAUUAAACCCGUACGAAUUGGGCGAUAAAGGCACCCUGUCCUGCAUAUACUCGAAGUACCUGCCAGCUUGGCUGGAAUUCGGCUUCAAUCUCAACACCCCUUCGGUUAGGAAGCACAAAAUAACGCUCGGCAGUCGGCAUUUGCCCAGCGCCAUCAUCGAGGAGUUGCUGGUGAUCCUCGAUGAUUUCCCGAAGGCCUUCCGCUACGUUCCCACGACCUGCACGAAGAGCGACGAAGGGUUCUACGUGCCCUUCGUGGCAUCCAGCUUGAUAGCUAAAUACGUGGUGAUUUCGAGGAACUUGGACCAUUGGCACGCGAUCGUAUCUUCCUGCAAGAACCCGGAAGAGACGCCCGAUUUUUUGAAACCGCACAACUUCAAGCAUACGCAGAAAUUCAUACCGGAAUUGACGGCGAACAGUUUCAUUCCCAGGCAGAAGAUUUUGUGGAUAUCUGUAGAAAACGAUAAUAUAAUUAUCUACGCGUACAAUUGGGCCAAAGAUAACAUCGACAAGUUAUGCACGAGUUGCAAUAAUUUAGGGUCCUGGCUUUGCGUGAGAUCGUGCUUCUUGAAUUCGGUCACUUCGCAGAAAUUGGGCCUGUUCCACAACCAGCCGUUGAUCAGGAAAAUAUUCAUGAAAGAAGGCAACCCGUACGCGAAUAUGCUGGGCAACGUGGAAGCCAUGACGAGCUUCUCCAAAGCGAAUUCCUCGCACAAAAGAACGCAAGUCGCCCACAACUUACCCGGCACUCUGGAGGCCUUCAGAGACAACUUCAAAGUCUGCAAGUACCAUUGCACCGAUCCCGUGGAGAGCUUCACGUCGGAGAUGCGCGAGAUGAAGAAGCUGGAGAAGCUCGGCAGGGAGGAGCUGAAGACCUUGCACGGGAUGUACCAAAGCAGGACCAGCACGACCAGCGUGUCCCAGUUGCUCUUGCUGCUGCAGAAUUCCAGGAUUUUGCAUUACUGCCACACGCCGUUGUUGUUUUUGCCGAGGUGGAGAUUGAAGACGUUUUCGACGAGAGACCACUCUUUGUAUCCUUCGCAGGCCAUACAGUUGGCCGAUAAAAUGGCGUCCGAAGAGAAAGAACUGUGGCACACUGAGUUGUGCUACAGCUUUUUCCAGGAAUAUAAGCAUUACAUGCAAACUUUAGGGUUCAUGCCUUUGCAAAUUGAAAAUUUGCAUAAAACAGGGUUGUGGAUUAAUGACAAAUCAUCGCACAACAACGUGUUUUAUAUUCAGAAGACCAUUUUGGGCGGAAUUUUGAUUUUUACAGUGGAGUUUUCCGAGCCAUUUUUCCUAACGAAACUACUGGCGAUCGAAUGCAACCGAUUACAGAACAUAAAUUCCAGAGCUUCCAUUAAUCGAUUUACCCUAAGUUUUUUAGACGAAUGCGACAGGGUUAAGAUAUUAAUGCACUUGCAUUCGUUCACGUACGAUUAUCACCUAAGGUCCAUUCACAAUUAUUUAUCGGACGUAUCUACUGCGAAUAAAAUUUGCGAUGGUUACAAUGUGCAUCAAUUUCUCGACGAUUUUUUGAAAUAUUACAACAAGGCGCCCAACUUCGCCAGGAAUCUGGUUCAUACUGAAACCCUUACUAUAGAGAACCUGGUGACGGAGGGCAAGCAGCUUUUCGAUUACCUGUUGCGUAACGUGAGCCAAUACGACUUCAAGAUCGUCCAAAUGGACGUUCACGACGGAGAAUCCGAGUUCAUAUUGAUCCAAGUGACGAGCGCGCCGCAGAUAUCCUACAAAGAUUCCCAAGACCAGCAGCACACCGACGAUUUCGACAUCACCCUGGUGGUGUACAACCUCUGCACCCCCUACAGUCCCAAAGAUAACGUGUUGCACCUCAAGUACUAUCUAAUUUUAACGUCUAAACGGGAAAUCUAUCCGAAGUCCGAAGUGGACGAGAAACUGGGCAAGUUCCGCACGGUGUCUUCCACGGCGCGAAGUUUGUCCGCAUUGGAACGCGAGCCUAACGACUUGGAAUUCAGCACCGAGAAAACCCGAGCUGAAUCAGACAUAACCAGCUCGUCUGAACUAACCGCAUUGGAAAAGACUCUGAACGAGGAAAGCGCGUCCUGCAAUCAGCAAUCCAUUUCGCUGCCUUACGUGGAAAUCAACCAAGAAUUCGUCAAUUAUUUGGGCUACUAUUCCUCGCACGAGCAAUUGAUGCAGCAAUUGAUCUUAGACAAGGCAACUACGACCAAAAAGCGUAUAAAGGAAAUGGUUGAAAAAGGAAUGGUUCAUUGCAGAACGCAUUUGUUAUGGAACAGAUUAAUAUCUCGCCAGGAAUCCGGCGGGUUGACGUACGAAGAAUUUCUGGAAUUGAAAAAUUUGGCUCGGCUGGAGCAUUUGUGUAAUUUAAAUCCGGAUUUGGGCCGGCUUUUGAACCAGCCAUUAAAUUGGUAUCAAAAUUUAUCGAAAUUGUUACUAGCCCGUUAUAUAGAACAUACGAGGGUUUUUAACUCGAUGGAUGGUAACAUGCAGCAUUACGUUAUCUUACAUCAAGAGUAUUUCAACGCAUUUAUGCUGCUUUCGUUGGAUUUACACACGUCUAGAGGGGAAUUGUAUGCUGUGUACAGGGAACCACAGCUCCAGGAGGACCCCGACUAUUCGAUAUCCUGCCAAAAUUCCCUUAUAGACGGGUUCAUUAAUUUGAUUUGUUUCUUUUUAUGGUCGGGAAUGAUAUCUAAUUGA